CAGCCAUCUCUCACUGUGUGAAUCUCCACAAAAACCAAACUUCACAUCAAAGGUGGCAGUGCGCAUGUGACCAUGUUUCCUAUAUACACGUCAUAGUUAUUUAUGGCUGACCAAUCAGACACAGUCUUGUCUGUGAAGAGUGGAGACGCUGUCAGUAUUAUUUCAGUCGACACAACAAUUUGAACACGAUGACAUCUGCAAAGUUUGUCUUCUAUCUGACGUGUUUGUUCUUGGGGAUAAUGGCUCAGGUGACUGAACUGAAAUCUUCCUCAUCCAUUCUUCAGGAGAGUGAUUUUUUAUCAUUUAACGCAGGAGACAAGGUGACUUUAAAAUGUUUUUAUGAAAGACAAACCAAGACUGCUACAAACCAUUACUGGUAUAAACAAUCUCUGGGACAGAAACCAAGGCUCAUCUCUUCUUUCUACAGUUACGAUGACACAGGCAAUUUUUAUGAAGAAUUCAAAAAUAAUCCACGCUUCACACUGGACACAGGAAAUGGUACAAACCACUUGAAGAUCUCAGAGUUACAAACGUUAGACUCAGCUACCUACUAUUGUGUAAAUACCUCAGUAAAAUUCACAUUUGCAGAGGUCAUCACUGUCAGUGUGAAGGGUUCAGGUUUAAACAUCCCAGCUGUGAUCCAUGAGUCGGCAUCUGAGACCAUCCAGCCAGGAGGCUCUGUGACUCUGAACUGUACAGUACACACUGGGACCUGUAAUGGAGAACACAGUGUUUACUGGUUCAAAGACUCUGAAGAAUCUCAUCCAGGACUCAUUUACACCCAUGGAGGCAGGAAUGAUCAGUGUGAGAGGAAACCCAACACACAAACACACACCUGUGUCUACAACUUGCCGAUGAAGAGCCUGAAUCUUUCUCAUGCUGGGACCUACUACUGUGCUGUUGCCUCAUGUGGACACAUACUGUUUGGAAACGGGACCAAGCUGGACUUUGAAGGUUCAUCUCCAGAUGAGGUGGACUCUCUUGUCUUGGUGUAUUUCUUGAUCGGAGCUUUGACAUUUACCACCAUCCUGGUUGUUUUACUGGCGUUCUCAUUGUACAAGAUGAUCAAGAGAAACAAGUGCCAAUGUACAGACUGCCAAGCAAGAUUAUCAGCUCCCUCCACAGCAAAUGCAGAGGGUCACAGAGACGAAGACAACCUCCAUUAUGCUGCUUUAAAUGUCAACCUGCCCAAGAGACCAAGAAGACAGAGGAACAACACCAGAGAUGAAUGUGUGUACUCCGGUGUAAAGCAGUAGAACUAGACAUGAUACAUGUAUGCUUUACUUUGUUUGGGUGUUCAUGUGUUGACCUAUAGGUACCACUGGAUUUCUGUCAAAACAAGAUUUCUCUAACCUUUACCAAGUCAUUUAGUUUCCUAACUCACCCAUUUUCAACUUUUUAAUGCUUUUCAACCCAUUUUUUACUCAUAGCUUAUGUUUGUUUUUAUGCAUGGCCAUGAUCUUUGUCUAAUAUCAAUCAUACCAGUUUCCAUGCAUAGAUACAGUAGAAAAUAACACAAAGGUGGAAAUGUUUGCAUCCUAAACAACUAUUGUCUGUAUCCAAACUGCUCUAGCUGUACAAAACUGCAGAGUCACUGGUGAACUCACAAUAGGUGCAUUCAAAAUACUGUCCUUCAUCUAUAGAGGUCAGGACACAGUCAUUGUACAAAAACUGUUUUAGCUGUAGUGUCAGUAGAUUACAUUGUAAAAAGCCACAUUGUGCUGCCCUCUUUGUAGAUCUGCAAAAUGCUACAAAUGCUGUUAAUAAUGUUUUAAUAAACGAGGU